AUGGGUGUUUGUAAAGAAGCUACGGUCGAAGAUGCUAUCUCUAGGCCCUGUAGACGUCGAAGAUAUAGAACAAGGAUGUUAAAUGCCGUAGAAGAGAGUCUGAACAGAGUAAGAGACAAUAUAAGUGGAGAUAAGGAGGAUGUGAGUCUAUGGAGAAGAGGCUCGGGUUUUAAAAGUUCUUUCUCCACUUCUGAGACUUGGAAAAUAAUGAGAGGUGAUAGAGUGAAGUAUGACUGGACCCGAGGAGUUUGGUUUACUCAGGCUACUCCUAAAUUUGCAUUUAUGGUGUGGUUGGCGAAUCUUAAUAGGUUGUCUACAAUGGAAAGAGUAAUCCAUUGGAAUCUAGGAGCUGAUGAUGAGUGCGUGCUCUGGAUUAUGGAGAGUUCUUAUACAAGUUCUUGGUCAGAGAUCAUGCAGUUGGCUGCGGAGGGUUGUAACAUGGAUCGAAAGAGGCUUUUAUGUUUCCGUUAUGCGUUUCACAUUGCAGUAUAUGGAAUAUGGAGAGAACGAAAUAGAGUUAGGCAUGGGGAGAAGCUAAUGCCUAUAACUGUGUUGAAGAAGGUGACUGAUAAGGGGGUGAGAAACAAACUUAGUGUGAUGAGAGCUAAAAGAGUAAAGGGUAUGGAAGAUGCUUUGCAACUCUGGUUUGGCACUAGAGUGUGA